AUGUUCUCUACAAUUAUAUUACUGGCCUCACUUCUGCUUGCCAUUAAUAUAACUUUGGGUGAGGCUCAAUCAGUUCAGCCACAGAAUUGUGUCUGCUAUGACCCUAGUCGUCUUGAUACUAAAAAUUCUACUGUUACUUGCAACACCACUCACUGUAGUCGUGGCAAUAAUCCUAACUGUAAUGCUAAUUAUCCUGAUUAUACUAUAAUGCAUCUUCGUGCUUUUGGUUAUUAUGGUGUUAUUAAUCAUUAUCUUGGUUGUAACUGUCCCGGUUAUAACUAUAGUAAUUCUAGUUAUGAUAAUGCUCUUAGUAUUAGUAGAAAUGGUAUAUAUUCCUACACUNNCGACGAGAUCCGACGUGGGAUCCGAUCGGAUCCGAGACCGUCGGAAUCCAAUGCGAUUCCGUCACCAGGAUUUCAUCGGAUCCGUCGAAUUCCUGUAGGAUCCGAUAAAAUUCAGUAUUGGAUCCGAUGGGAUUCGAUGGGAUCCGGUGGGAUCCGAGUAUGGGAUUGUUCGACCUGGGAUAGAGCAUACCGAGUUAUCAGUUUAUGA